UCUGAGACCAGACCUCUCCCGGCCAAUCAGAAAAUUCCCCUCGUCCGUCGCUAGGUGGGCGAGCGGCGCCGCAGCCAAUGGGCGGCUCCUCUCCGGAAGGACGCAGGGAUCCAGGAGAAGCCGAGCGGCAGCGUUCGAGUGUCGGUGAAGUGUAUCACGGAUUCCCCGUGAAAAGCCCAUUCCUCAAGAUGCCCAACAAGACCAAAAAGGACAAGGAGGCGACAAAAUCGGCCAAAAGUAGCACCAAGAGCAGCAAGGAUGUUAGCCCUGAAAUCUCAGACGAGGCCCAGCAGCAGCAGAGUGGCAGUAAGCGCCCUAGUACCUCCACACCGCCCCCCACCCAGCUCAACAAGAUCAAAUACUCUGGAGGUCCGCAGAUCGUCAAGAAGGAGCGACGGCAGAGCAGCUCCCGGUUCAGCCUCUCCAAGAACCGCGAGCUGCACAAACUACCCGCCCUCAAAGACGCGCCCCUGGUGGACCGCGAGGAGCUGUUCGUCCAGAAGCUGCGUCAGUGCUGCGUCCUGUUCGACUUCGUGAGCGACCCGCUCAGCGACCUCAAGUUCAAGGAGGUCAAGCGGGCGGGGCUUAACGAGAUGGUGGAGUACAUCACGCACAACAGCGACGUGGUCACCGAGAGCAUCUACCCCGAGGGCGUCUUCAUGUUCUCCAUCAACCUGUUCCGGACCCUGCCCCCCUCCUCCAACCCCACCGGGGCCGAGUUCGACCCGGAGGAGGACGAACCCACCCUGGAGGCCGCCUGGCCCCAUCUGCAGUUGGUCUAUGAGUUCUUCCUGCGGUUUCUGGAAUCUCCAGACUUCCAGCCUAACGUUGCCAAAAAAUACAUUGACCAGAAGUUUGUUAUGUCGCUGCUGGAGCUGUUUGACAGCGAGGACCCCCGGGAGAGAGACUUCCUGAAGACCAUCCUCCAUCGCAUCUACGGGAAGUUUCUGGGUCUGAGGGCCUACGUCCGCCGGCAGAUCAACAACAUCUUCUACAGGUUCAUCUACGAGACCGAACACCACAACGGGAUCGCAGAGCUUCUGGAGAUCCUGGGGAGGUAAAAGAAUCUGGAA